AGCCGGGCCCCGCCCCACAGCUCCCUGACCCACCCCAGCACCCUCGCAACACUCCAUCCCUCCACUCACCCGCGGCCGGACCCCCUCGAGUCACCGCGCCCGCUGCGGGCUCUGGGGGCGCAGCUCGCCCAUUGGCCAGCGCGGCUCAGGCGGGAAACGUGGCUAACGGCUGCAGCUGGCCCGCAGACGGCUGAGGAGAUGGCGUCGGCGCCCGCGGUGCCCGGGCCGGAGGUCUCAGUCCGAGUUAUCGGCGCCGGCAGGCGAGGCGAGGAAGUCGCCUCGGUGCCCACCGGGGACUCGGUGGCGUUGGGGACCCUGAAGAGCGCCGCGUCCCCGGUGCGGUCGGUGGUGGCCUCCCCUCGCCGCGUGAAGGGGAAAGCCAGGCGGCGGCUUCAGCUCCCGCCGGUCUCUCAGGCCGAGGGGGCCGAGGAGGAGGAGGAGGAGGAGGAGGAAGGAGAGCCCCUACCCUCGGUGCCCGAGGAGGGGGUAGAGAGGGCGCGGCCACUGCCCCCAGUGUGCGUGUACCCCAUGAGGGGGAUGUGGCGGGCCGAGAGGGUGGCGCUGUACUGCGACGAGGUGCUGCAGGGCUGUGAGGCAGAAGAUGCUGAUGAGGCCAUGAGUAAAUAUCUAUCAGAAAAAUUAAAGUUUACAGACAAAUGGCUUGGAGUAUGGAAGACUAAUCCUGAGUUAUUCUUUGUGAAAUAUGAAAAAGCUUCUAUUCCUUUUGUUGGUAUACUGGUUGAGGUAACCUGUAAACCACGCCAAACCUCAUCAUGUUGUUUCAAAGUUACUGCUUCUAUUGCUGAACCAUUUUCUUCUAACAUUGCAAAUAUUCCAAGGAAUUUGGUGGAUGAGAUUUUAGAAGAAUUAGAGCAUAGUGUGCCUCUCUUAGAAGUGUACCCUGUUGAAGGACAAGAUUCUGAUGUGCAUAAUAUUGCUUUGGCCUUGGAAGUUGUAAGGUUUUUUUAUGACUUUCUUUGGAGAGAUUGGGAUGAUGAAGAAAGUUGUGAGAACUAUACUGCUUUGAUUGAAGAAAGAAUUAAUUUGUGGUGUGAUAUACAAGAUGGAACAAUACCUGGUCCUAUUGCCCAACGUUUCAAAAAAACUUUGGAGAAAUAUAAAAGCAAACGUGUUGAGCUCAUUGAGUAUCAGAGCAAUAUUAAAGAAGCUCCAUCUGCAGCAGAGGCUGUUGAAUGCUGGAAAAAGUACUAUGAGAUAGUAAUGCUCUGUGGAUUAUUGAAAAUGUGGGAAGAUUUACAUCUCCGAGUUCAUGGACCUUUCUUUCCAAGAAUUCUGAGGCGUAGGAAAGGAAAAAGAGACUUUGGAAAGACUGUAACACAUAUUGUAGCAAAAGUGAUGACUACUGACAUGGUAAAAGACUUAGCUUCAGACACACUUAUCCAACAGCACGAUGAUUUGGAUUUGGCUCUGGAUAGCUGUUACAGUGGAGAUACAGUGGUUAUUUUUCCAGGAGAAUAUCAAGCUUUUAAUCUCGCUUUAUUGACUGAUGACAUCAUUAUAAAGGGAGUUGGAAAGAGAGAGGAAAUUGUUAUUACUUCUGAACCUUCUCAUGACAGUUUUGUGGUGUCCAAAGCUGACAGUGUGAAACUAAUGCAUCUAUCUUUGCUACAACAAGGGACAGUUGAUGGUAUUGUGGUGGUAGAGUCUGGUCACAUGACUCUAGAAAACUGUGUAUUAAAAUGUGAAGGAACAGGAGUGUGUGUUCUUACAGGGGCUGCUCUGACAAUUACAGACAGUGAAAUAACUGGUGCCCAGGGUGCUGGUGUUGAAUUAUAUCCUGGGAGCACAGCCAUUUUGGAAAGGAAUGAAAUUCAUCACUGUAAUAAUCUCAGAACUAGUGACAGUUCAAAAAGCACCUUAGGUGGAGUUAAUAUGAAGGUUCUUCCAGAACCCAAACUGAAGAUGACUAAUAAUCAUAUAUACAACAACAAUGGCUAUGGAGUAAGCAUUCUUCAACCAACUCAACAGUUUUUUAUUGUAGCAGAAGAAGCUCUCAACAAAGGGGCUGCUUCAGGAGAUAAAAAAGAUGAUAAUAUGCUGUCUAAAGUAAUGCAAAAUCUGAACCUGGAAAUGAAUAAUAAUAAGAUAGAAGCAAACGUAAAGGGGGAUAUCAGAAUAGUCACAAGUUGAAGCAUCUGGAUUUAUGUUAAAGUUUUCUAUUUCAGAUAUUUAAUAAAUAAUUCUCAUAUCCCACAGAAAUGGUAUUUUAAUUAAAUUCAAAACUUAAUUUAAAAAUAUUUAACUAUUUUAAUGUUUAUUCAUUGAUUCAUUUUAACAUUUUUUAAUAAGUUUUGAGAUACAAUUCACACCAUAAACUUCACCCUUUUAAAGUAUGUAAUUUAGUGGUAUUUAGUGUAUUUUUAGUAUAUGGUACUACCAUAAUCAUUUAGUUCCAAAUAUGUGGUUGUAAACAUUGUUUUUAACACUCUCUGUUUAAUAAGAAGCAUUAGGUGUUUACAUAGAGAAUAGAAAACAAUAAAGUUUAUAGCCAAUUUCCUGAUUCGUUCAAAUUUAUCUGUGGUAGUAACUGGAAUAAGGUAGGACAAAGUAUAUUAAAUAUUAGGCUCAAUUGCAGGAAACAAGGAAAUCCAAAAUAGAGAGAGGUAGACAAUAUAGAAAUGUGUUUCUCCCUCAUUCAAGAAGUCCAAAGGUACUCAGU